AUGGGUCCCGCAAUAGGUAUCGAUCUUGGAACUACCUACUCCUGUGUAGGUAUAUACCGUGAUGACAGAAUCGAGAUCAUCGCCAAUGAUCAAGGAAACCGGACGACUCCAUCCUUCGUCGCUUUCACAGAUACUGAACGUCUGAUCGGAGAUGCAGCCAAAAACCAAGUCGCCAUGAACCCAGCCAACACAGUAUUUGACGCAAAGAGACUAAUCGGUCGUAAAUUCGCAGACGCCGAGGUACAAGCUGAUAUGAAACAUUUCCCCUUCAAGGUUAUCGAUCGCGCGGCUAAGCCAGUCGUUGAGGUAGAGUUCAAGGGUGAAAUGAAGCAGUUUACACCUGAGGAGAUUUCGUCGAUGAUCCUUACAAAAAUGAGGGAGACUGCAGAGGCCUACUUAGGAACAAAGGUUGAUAACGCUGUUGUAACAGUACCGGCUUACUUCAACGAUUCGCAACGUCAAGCUACCAAGGAUGCUGGUUUAAUCGCAGGACUAAACGUUCUCAGAAUCAUCAAUGAGCCAACUGCAGCGGCUAUUGCAUACGGUCUAGACAAGAAAGUCGAGGGCGAACGUAAUGUUCUCAUUUUUGAUCUGGGAGGAGGAACAUUUGAUGUGUCCCUGUUGACCAUUGAAGAAGGAAUCUUCGAAGUAAAAUCCACUGCUGGUGACACCCAUCUUGGAGGAGAAGAUUUUGACAACCGCCUUGUUAAUCAUUUUGUCAAUGAGUUCAAGCGAAAACACAAGAAAGAUCUUUCAUCCAACGCACGAGCUCUGCGCAGACUAAGAACCGCUUGCGAACGCGCCAAGCGAACACUUUCCUCAUCCGCACAAACAUCAAUUGAAAUUGACUCGCUCUUCGAGGGAAUCGACUUCUACACCUCUAUCACCCGCGCCCGGUUCGAAGAACUUUGCCAAGACUUAUUCAGAUCUACCACCACUCCUGUCGACCGUGUUCUUGCCGACGCGAAAAUCGACAAGUCUAAAGUGCACGAAAUCGUCCUCGUCGGAGGUUCCACUAGAAUACCCCGUAUCCAGAAGCUCAUCACAGAUUACUUCAACGGCAAGGAACCCAACAAGUCAAUCAACCCUGACGAGGCCGUUGCUUAUGGAGCUGCUGUACAGGCCGCUAUUCUAUCUGGUGACACAUCCUCCAAGUCCACCAAUGAAAUUCUUCUCCUUGAUGUUGCGCCUCUAUCUCUCGGUAUUGAAACUGCGGGAGGACAAAUGACAAAAUUAAUUCCUCGAAACACAACGAUUCCUACCAAAAAAUCAGAAGUCUUCUCGACAUUCUCAGACAACCAACCAGGAGUGCUGAUCCAAGUAUUUGAAGGAGAACGCCAACGUACAAAAGACAACAACCUUCUCGGCAAAUUCGAGCUUACUGGAAUACCACCUGCUCCAAGAGGUGUUCCCCAGAUCGAGGUUACUUUCGAUUUGGAUGCUAAUGGAAUUAUGAAUGUCUCUGCUCUUGAAAAGGGCACCGGAAAGUCUAACAAAAUUGUUAUCACCAAUGACAAGGGUCGCCUGUCCAAAGAAGACAUUGAGCGCAUGUUGGCAGAGGCCGAGAAGUACAAGGCAGAAGAUGAGGCGGAGGCUGGACGCAUCAGUGCCAAGAACGGUCUAGAGUCGUACGCUUAUUCUCUGCGAAACACAUUGUCUGAUUCAAAGGUUGACGAGAAGAUUGACGCCGCUGAUAAAGAAAAACUCAAGGCUGAAAUUGACAAGACAGUUGCAUGGUUAGAUGAUUCACAAGCAGCCACCAAAGAAGAAUACGAAGAACACCAAAAAGAACUUGAGGCAGUUGCCAACCCAAUUAUGAUGAAGUUCUACGGUGCUGGUGGAGAGGGCGCUGCUGGCGGCUUCCCUGGUGCUGGUGGAUUCCCUGGCGCUGGAGCUGCUCCUGGAGCCACCCAUGAUGAUGGCCCUACUGUCGAAGAAGUCGACUGA